AUGUUGCGGUUGACACGGCCAUUUCUGUUCAUCACGAAGAUUGCAAAAAUAUCGCGACCUCCCGCUAGCGGAUAUGAAAUAGCGGAGUUGCCAAAUGAAAAGGUUUUCACAGAUUUCCUCGAUCAUCACAAAACACGUUGUGUAGUUGCGAUACUUCACACAGGCAGCCUCCACAGGCGGGUAGGCGAUGGUGCGGAGACGUCCAUAGCGGAGGAUCCCUUAACGCGUAGUUUCAUCUCUUCCAUCAAUGCUGUGAAUUUGGGGAAUCCAAAUGAGGUGAAGCUCGCACUGGUGCCGGGGCCGCGAGCGAAGAAAAUGGUGAAUGAGUAUGGUGUCCUCACUUUUCCCACGGUGCUUAUCUUUUUGGAUGGAAAGUGUGUGGAGCGUGUUGUGGGAGCGCGUGUGCGAGAAACUGCUAUCAAGUCACUCUUUACACUACGGAAUGCGGGACGUAACAUUUUCUCUCGUGAGUGA